AGUGAGUACGUGAGCGGCGCAGCCAGAUACCGGCUCCUACCCCGGACGGCGAGCGCACAAGGAACCCGGGAUCUGAGCUCGGCCUCAUUGGACUGUGCCCCGAGAACCCGCGACCACCUGAGCCCUCCGCUUCCCGAGUCAUCGGGCAUCAACCCACCCAGCGCCCCGGAUCCUCCUGGACCGGUCCGUCCAGAUUCCCGCGGGAACGACCUGCCGGCAUCUACCCGGAGUACCGGGUUGGGCGACACCUCGGUUACAGAGCAGCCCGUCUGCUUUGCGCCCCCUCCCUGACGGGAUCUCUUGGACUGUGCGCGAGCCUUCUUCCUCGGGCGCCCCCAGCCCCGCCGGCGCGGCCCGGCUCGGCCUCCCCCAACCGAGCGCCCCGGGCUAUGGCCGGAGCCCGCCCGCCGCCGGGGCUUCUGCCGCUGCUCGUUCCGCUGCUGCUGCCGCUGCUGCUUCCCGCCGGCUGCUGGGCGCUGGAAGAGACUCUCAUGGACACGAAAUGGGUGACGUCCGAGCUGGCAUGGACAUCUCAUCCAGAGAGUGGGUGGGAAGAAGUAAGUGGCUAUGAUGAAGCCAUGAAUCCCAUCCGCACGUAUCAGGUGUGUAAUGUGCGUGAGUCGAGCCAGAACAACUGGCUGCGCACUGGUUUCAUCUGGCGGCGGGAAGUCCAGCGCGUCUACGUGGAGCUGAAGUUCACCGUGAGAGACUGCAACAGCAUCCCCAACAUCCCUGGGUCCUGCAAGGAAACCUUCAACCUUUUCUACUACGAGGCUGAUAGCGAUGUGGCCUCAGCCUCCUCUCCCUUCUGGAUGGAGAACCCCUACGUGAAAGUGGACACCAUUGCGCCAGAUGAGAGCUUUUCACGGCUGGAUUCCGGGCGCGUCAACACCAAGGUGCGCAGCUUCGGGCCGCUUUCCAAGGCUGGCUUCUACUUGGCCUUCCAGGACCAAGGUGCCUGCAUGUCACUCAUCUCUGUGCGUGCCUUCUACAAGAAGUGUGCGUCAACCACUGCGGGCUUCGCACUCUUCCCCGAGACCCUCACGGGGGCUGAGCCCACCUCGCUGGUCAUUGCCCCCGGCACCUGCAUCGCUAACGCUGUGGAGGUAUCUGUACCACUCAAGCUCUACUGCAAUGGUGACGGGGAGUGGAUGGUGCCCGUCGGUGCCUGCACCUGCGCUACUGGCCAUGAGCCAGCCGCCAAGGAGUCCCAGUGCCGUGCCUGUCCCCCUGGGAGCUACAAGGCAAAGCAAGGAGAGGGGCCCUGCCUCCCCUGUCCCCCCAAUAGCCGCACCACCUCGCCAGCUGCCAGCAUCUGCACCUGCCAUAGUAACUUCUACCGUGCAGACUCAGACUCGGCGGACAGCGCCUGCACCACGGUGCCAUCUCCACCCCGGGGUGUCAUCUCCAAUGUGAAUGAGACCUCCCUGAUCCUCGAAUGGAGCGAGCCCCGGGACCUUGGCGGACGAGACGACCUCCUUUAUAAUGUUAUCUGCAAGAAGUGCCAUGGGAACUCUGGGGCCGGGGGGCCGGCAACCUGUUCACGCUGUGAUGACAACGUAGAGUUUGUGCCUCGGCAGCUGGGCCUGACGGAGCGCCGGGUCCACAUUAGCCACCUGUUGGCCCACACGCGCUACACCUUUGAGGUGCAGGCUGUCAACGGUGUCUCAGGCAAAAGCCCUUUGCCACCCCGCUAUGCAGCUGUGAAUAUCACCACCAACCAGGCUGCCCCAUCAGAAGUGCCUACACUCCACCUGCACAGCAGCUCGGGGAGCAGCCUGACCCUGUCCUGGGCACCCCCAGAGCGGCCUAAUGGAGUCAUCUUGGACUAUGAGAUGAAGUACUUUGAGAAGAGUAAAGGCAUCGCCUCCACUGUAACCAGCCAGAAGAACUCCGUACAACUGGACGGGCUGCAGCCUGAUGCCCGCUACGUAGUUCAGGUCCGGGCUCGCACGGUAGCGGGAUACGGACAGUAUAGCCGCCCGGCUGAGUUUGAGACCACAAGUGAAAGAGGCUCAGGUGCCCAGCAGCUUCAAGAGCAGCUUCCCCUGAUUGUGGGAUCCACUGUAGCCGGGUUUGUCUUCAUGGUGGUCGUCGUGGUCAUCGCUCUCGUCUGCCUCAGGAAGCAGCGCCAUGGCCCCGAUGCAGAAUACACGGAGAAGCUGCAGCAAUACAUUGCUCCUGGCAUGAAAGUUUACAUUGACCCCUUUACCUAUGAGGAUCCCAACGAGGCCGUCCGAGAGUUCGCCAAGGAGAUCGACGUGUCCUGCGUCAAGAUCGAGGAGGUGAUUGGAGCUGGGGAGUUUGGGGAAGUGUGCCGGGGUCGGCUGAAACUGCCCGGCCGCCGGGAGGUGUUCGUGGCCAUCAAGACGCUGAAGGUGGGAUACACGGAGAGGCAGCGGCGGGACUUCCUAAGUGAGGCUUCCAUUAUGGGUCAGUUUGACCAUCCCAAUAUAAUCCGUCUAGAGGGUGUGGUCACCAAAAGUCGUCCAGUCAUGAUCCUCACUGAGUUCAUGGAGAACUGUGCCCUGGACUCCUUUCUCCGGCUCAAUGACGGACAGUUCACGGUCAUCCAGCUUGUGGGCAUGUUACGAGGCAUCGCUGCUGGCAUGAAGUACUUGUCUGAGAUGAACUAUGUGCACCGUGACCUUGCUGCCCGCAACAUCCUUGUCAACAGCAACUUGGUCUGCAAAGUCUCCGACUUUGGCCUCUCCCGCUUCCUGGAGGAUGACCCCUCAGACCCCACCUACACCAGCUCCCUGGGUGGGAAGAUCCCUAUCCGCUGGACCGCCCCGGAGGCCAUAGCCUAUCGGAAGUUCACGUCUGCCAGCGAUGUCUGGAGCUACGGGAUUGUCAUGUGGGAGGUCAUGAGCUACGGAGAGCGACCCUACUGGGACAUGAGCAACCAGGACGUCAUCAAUGCUGUAGAGCAAGACUAUCGGUUACCACCCCCCAUGGACUGCCCCACUGCGCUGCACCAGCUCAUGCUGGACUGUUGGGUGCGGGACCGGAACCUCAGGCCCAAGUUCUCCCAAAUCGUCAACACACUAGACAAACUUAUCCGCAAUGCUGCCAGCCUCAAGGUCAUCGCCAGUGCCCCAUCUGGCAUGUCCCAGCCCCUCCUGGACCGCACAGUCCCAGAUUAUACGACCUUCACGACAGUGGGUGACUGGCUAGAUGCCAUCAAGAUGGGGAGGUAUAAAGAGAGCUUUGUCGGUGCUGGGUUUGCAUCCUUUGACCUGGUGGCCCAGAUGACUGCAGAAGAUCUGCUAAGGAUUGGGGUCACUUUGGCUGGGCACCAGAAGAAGAUCCUCUGCAGUAUCCAGGACAUGCGGCUGCAGAUGAACCAGACACUGCCUGUGCAGGUCUGACACUCAGCUCCAACGAGGGGGGGGUGCCCCCCCCCCGGGACUGCACAAGGAUUCUGACCAGCCAGCUGGACUUUUGGAUGCCUGGCCUCUGGCUGUGGCCCAGAAGAUGGAAGUUCAGGGGAGGACCCUAGCGGUGACUUCCUUCUCCAGGCCUGUGCUCCCUCCCAGGAACUGUGCCCCAAACCUCUUCAUAUUGAAGAUGGAUUAGAAGAGGGGGUGAUGUCCCCUCCCCAGAUGCCUCGGGGCCCAGGCCUGCCUGCUCUCCAGUGGGGAUUCUUCACAACUCAGAUUUGGCUGUGCUUCAGUAGUGGAGGUCCUGGUAGGGUCAGGUGGGGGUAAGCCUGGGUUCUUCAGGCCCCAGCCCUGGCAGGGGUCUGACCCCACCAGGUAAACAGAGAGUAUUCCCUCUCCCAGGAAGUGGAGGAGGGGACUCUGGGGAUGGGGAAAUAUGGUGCCCCAUCCUGAAGCCAGCUGGUACCUCCAGUUUGCACAGGGACUUGUUAGGGGCUGAGGGCCCUGCCUACCCUUGGUGCUGUCAUAAAAGGGCAGGCGGGAGCAGGCUGAGAAGCAGCCUGUGCCUCCCAGAGACUGACUCAGAGAGCCAGAGACUGUGUGUGUGUGUGUAUGUGUGUGUGUGUGUGUGUGUGUGUGUGUGUGUGAAAGACGGGGGUGGGGGUAUGUAUGUGUGUGUUGUGCACAUGCUUGCCUGCACAGAGAGCAUGAGUGUGUACAAGCUUGGCCCUGUGCCCUGUAGUGGGGCCAGCUGGGCAGACAGCAAAAUAAAGGCAAUAAGAUGA